UCCUUCAGUCACCAGUCCAACAGUCCAGCUGACUGGACGCUGUUGUAGAAUUCAGCCGGUGUGCGAACGUUUAUGAGGUCUUACAGCAAUAGUAGAUAAAUAACAACUAAGUAAACUGUUUAAAAACCUAAUGAAAUGCGAGCCAGCCGUUUGUUUGCGGACCUAACGCUGAGCUCGUUAGCGUUAGUUAGAGGCCAGAACGGCGUAUUUGCUUGGACGCUAGUUAGCUAGCGUUAACUAAAGCUAGUUAGCUAGGCUAGGUUAGCUUAAUUUAAUUUUAUAGCUUUGCUAGAUAAAGCUAGUGAUAAAGCUGUGUUAUAUACAUUGCUGUUAAUUUACUACUAGUGUUUAACGCUUAUGACAAGCCUCUAAUACAGAGCAAUAUGACCUUUGACUAAAGCCGGUGAGUGCUCGGCUUGAAUCAGUUUCUGCAGUUAACGUUAUAGCUGUUAGCUUGCUUUAGCUAACGUUAGCUUGAUAAACUGUCAGUUACACUAGAAGGUGAGGAUAUAUGUUUAGUUGUCUCUUUAUCUUUCUUUUAUUUCGUUUGAGCUUUAAAGCCGAAAUUAUCUAGCUAGCAGUCUGUUGGGUUAGUUCAAUUCAUUAGGAGGAGCUCAGCUGAGUGUGAAGUGACAAACAGCUGGUUAGCUACAGAGGCUUAACCCACAGCGUCCCUCCUCCUACCGCAUUCACCGACGGGCGGUCGCGUCUGUCUGUGUGUGUGUAUGUGUGGAUUUGUCCUUAGUUGCGUGUGAGGAGGGGAAAUGACAGGGGACGUCUCUCCUCCUCUCUUAGAGAAGACUGUGACUGGUUUAUCGAGGAACUGCUGACUGUGAGAGAGUGAAACAUGGUCAGUUUCAGCGGUUCUCCUCUCUGCGCCGCGGACUGGAGGAGCUAACCUAACCUAACCUAACCUAACUGGAGUGGCUUGACCGACUGCGGAGUUGAAGCGGUUUCAGCCAAUUCAGGACACGCGGCUGUUCGCUUAAUUUUUCACGAUUAAGCAGAGGUUAAGAGAAAAUAGCCAGACCAUGGCUUCUUUAUUCGUGUGUAGCGAUUUUUUAAAAGCAUAGUCUUAUUUAAAGGAGGUCAGGGUUGUUUGGUCUUAGCUGGGAUUCCCAUGAAACGAGAUCAAGAUGACGGUGGAAAACUCUACAAUUAAAAAUCGGAUUAAAAACCUGCUCCGAUCACCUUCCAUCAAACUAAGGAAAAAUAAAUCUGGGAGAAACAAAGAAAACCUAGGAAAUAAGGUAACUCUCGAGAAGGUUUUGGGAAUUACAUCUGCAGGAAACCGUGGCUUGGCCUGUGACCCUCGCUCAGGUCUGGUUGCGUACCCAGCAGGGUGUGUGGUGGUGCUGCUGAACCCCAAGAAAAACAAACAGCAUCACAUUCUCAACAGCUCUAAGAAAACCAUCACCACUGUAGCGUUCUCACCAGAUGGCAAAUAUGUGGUCACAGGCGAGAGUGGUCAUAUGCCUGCAGUGCGUGUGUGGGAUGUGGCGGAGAGGACUCAGGUUGCAGAGUUGCAGGAGCAUAAGUAUGGCGUGGCCUGUGUGGCCUUCUCCCCCAACAGCAAGUACAUCGUCAGUGUGGGCUACCAGCACGACAUGAUCGUCAACGUCUGGGCCUGGAAGAAAAAUGUAGUGGUGGCUGCUAACAAAGUGUCCAGUAAAGUGACGGCUGUGUCGUUCUCAGACGACAGCUCCUACUUUGUCACAGCAGGCAACAGGCAUGUGAAGUUCUGGUACUUGGACCAUGAUAAGUCAUCCAAGGUCAAUGCCACAGUGCCAUUAUUGGGUCGUUCUGGGCUGCUGGGAGAGCUCAGAAACAACUUCUUCAGUGACGUAGCCUGUGGUAAGGGUCGGAAGGCUGCCAGCACUUUCUGCAUCACCUCCUCAGGCCUGCUGUGCGAGUUCAAUGACAAGAGGCUGCUGGAUAAGUGGGUGGAGCUCAGGAAAAACGACAGUAUCACAACCGGACUGGCCACCUCCCUGUCUGUGACAGAGGAUCUGAUAUUCUGUGGCUGUGCUGACGGGACUGUGCGAGCCUUCAGCCCAAUCAAUCUGCAUUUCAUCUGCACUCUUCCUCGCCCACAUAGCCUCGGCACUGACAUAGCCACUGUCACCGAGGCCAGCCAUCUCUUUGCCUACAAUGUGGAUGCCCGGUACCCUGACACAGUGGCUGUGUCCUAUGACCCCACCAACCGGUGGCUGUCCUGCGUGUACAACGAUCACAGCCUGUAUGUGUGGGAUGCCCGUGACCUGAGAAAAGUGGGCAAGGUCUACUCUGCCCUUUACCAUUCAUCAUGUGUUUGGAGUGUGGAGAUGUACCCAGAAAACAGUGAGCAGGAGCAGCUCUGCCUCAGUCCAGGAUCUUUUCUCAGUUGUUCUUCAGACAACACCAUCCGCCUGUGGAACACAGACAUGCACAGUACCACAAUCAAUCGCAACGUGAUCAGCAAUGACCUCCAGAAGAUUAUUUACAUGGAAGAUUAUAUUACCACCCUGCUGGACACAGACUGCACCAUCUCCAGCAAUUCUGAGAAGGCUGAUCCACAGACCUCUGACAACAGGACGGGCAUUAGGACCAUGUGUGUCAGUCCUGACGGGCAGCACCUGGCAUCAGGGGACCGCAAUGGAACACUGAGGAUCCAUGAGAUGCAGAGCAUGGAGGAGAUUCUGAACGUGCAAGCCCAUGACUCUGAAAUCCUGUGUCUGGAGUAUUCAAAGCCAGAGACGGGACUGAGGCUGCUGGCCACAGCAAGCAGAGACAGGCUGAUCCAUGUUCUUGAUGCUGAGCGAGAGUAUGGCCUGCUGCAGACACUGGAUGAACACUCCUCCUCCAUCACAGCAGUGCGUUUUGCCGCAAAUGAUGGCAAAAUCAGAAUGAUCAGCUGUGGUGCUGACAAAAGCAUCUAUUUUCGAACAGCUCAAAAGACAGAUGAAGGAACUACAUUUACACGCACCCAUCACAUUGUGAGAAAGACUACUCUCUAUGAUAUGGAUAUCGACCCCACACGGAAUUAUGCUGCUAUUGGCUGCCAGGACCGCAGCAUCAGGAUCUUUAAUAUCAGCAAUGGCAAGCAGAAGAAGUUGUAUAAGGGCUCUCAGGGGGAGGAUGGCACUCUCAUUAAGGUUCAGAUGGACCCCUCGGGGCUGUAUGUGGCGACCAGCUGCUCAGACAAAAACAUCAGCAUCUUUGACUUCUACUCUGGAGAGUGUGUAGCCACCAUGUUUGGGCACUCUGAGCUUGUAACCGGGAUGAAGUUUACCAACGACUGCAAGCACCUGAUAUCAGUGUCAGGAGACAGCUGCAUCUUUGUGUGGAGGCUGAAUCCGGAGCUGACCAUCAAAAUGAGGCAGCGACUCUCUGAACUAAAACAGAAGAACAAACCUGUACAGAAGAGCCCACCUAGCAAACAUCACAUCAGGAAAGAGGUGUACAGCGCUCCAGCUAUCGGAACCAUGUCAUCUGACAGUGAUAAAGAGGCAGAAGAGGAGGAGGGGAUAGAAGAGGAAGACGAGGACAAUUUUGUCCACUUGUCUUCUGGCAGCAGCACAGGAGAGGAGAAUGGAUUACCAGAUGAAAAACACAACUUGGAUAAUUCCCACAUCAGAGAACCUAGAAAGCGUUCUGAGAGCACUGCAGGGUGUGAGGGCUCAGGGCCGAGACCACGGAGACGCUGGUCCAGGCGAAUAGGCAGCAUGGACCUUGUGGUGAAGUCUAUGCUUGACCUAAGACAGCUGGAGUCCUUUGCUACAUCGCCACACAGGAACUCUACCUUCACCAGAGAGUCACCAGUGCCCUCAGAUCUAGAGAUGGGGAGCACCAACAGCGUGCACACCAUCGCUGCCUGGGUGGCAGAGUCAGACACGCAGAACUUUCCUAUGCCAAGAGGACACUCCCGCCCACACUACAUCCAGCUCUCACCUGAAAGUCCUGACGCAGAGCCUGUGGUGCUGUAUCCUGAGGGCUCUGAGGACAGGAUCAGUCUGGCAGGCAGUGAGUACCAGGUAAAGGAGUUCGCGUAUGGAAUGAGAAGGCCUAAAGAAAACUCCUGUCCUGAAAAACAAAGCCCUGACAGUGCCUGCUCAAUGGACUACUCCAACAGCUGCCUCUCCAGCCCAGAGCAUCCAGGGGAGGACUCCGAGCCGACUGAGCCACUAAGUGUAGACGGUAACUCAUCCGAGCUGGACAUGGAAGAUCUAGAGGAAGAAGAGGAGGAGAGCCCUAGGAAGGGUGGGGCCAAUACCUCUGUACCUCAGACCCCAGACCAGGAAGCCUUUCUUAAGACACACUUUGGAAAUCUCACGGACUUAAGUACCUCAGCCGGCCUAGAUCAAGUUACUCCAAAAGUCACAGAGAGUGUCAGCAUCUCCUCCAAGUUCCUCUCUCAGAGCUCCUCAAGUUGUAGGCAGCCAUUUCCAUUUUCUACAACCAAAAACAGUGAAAGCAAGGCUACCAGCGGAGUGGUGCGCCCCCUAGUGUCAGAAGUACGACCUCUGAUGGACGACAGAGUCCUGAGCCAGCAACAGGAACGCAGCAGCUCUGAGAGGAGCUCAGGCCCACGCUUUACCCCACAGAAGAAACGUGUCUCUUCAGCAGACUCUCGCAAAGCAACCAGUCCCGUCAGCAAAGCCGCUGCUGCUUUUCAGGCUAACUCAGCUGGCAUGAGGAAAGCCCAGUCCAUACACAACAUCUCCUCAGAGGCUAACCUGCCUCAAACACCAACACGCCCAUCUAAGGAGGUCCCCCCUCAGCCCCAGCUUUCUGAGCGUUCUCAAACGUCCAUGGUGCGCCGCCCCCUUCCCAAUCUCCCUCUCUCUAGUCCUACGUCUUCCCAGCCUUCCCAACGAGAGUGUCCCACACCCACCAGGUCCAGGGGCCACUCCUACAUGAGCCCCACCACCAGCUCCAUGGCCAAGAUGUCCCGCUCUGUGUCCAUGGGAGACAGCCUGAAUGUGGGAGAAUUCGGAGAGAACUUUGCACCGCAAGACUUGCGCCGGGCUUCUGAUAUUUCCAGCAUUCGCAAUGGCUCUCAGAUCAAGCCAACUUCUCCUGUAGUCCUGCUACCCUCCUCAUGUACCACUGUAGCCUCAGCCUCAUCUGCUCCACAUGCUGCCGUUGUACCUACUCUAUGUGGUGGCUCCUCAACGAAAGGCCUCCAGCCCAAACUGACAGGCAGCGCACGCCCACAGCUGAACGUGGAUGUCCAUAAACCUCUUCCAGACAAGCCCUCCCUUGGCCCCUUCUCCCCUCACAGCAAGGUGCCCAAGCCUGGUCAGAAAGAGGAGCAUUGUUUCAGGACUCAAGUGAGUAUAUGUCCACUCCCUGGACCAGAACCUCUGCAUCUUCUCUCUAAUGACGUUCAGCUUACCAUGUAUGUGAGCCCCUCAGCGGAGAUUCCCCUAGACCAGAGCCAGCACAGCUCUGAGCAGUUCAUGGAACCAGAGGGGAUCCAGAAAGCACAUCAUCCAGAGACAGUUCUUGAGGAGACCAAGGCUGAGCAAACCCCUCAGGGCCAGGACAGUGUGGUGUGUCUGCAGGCCAACAGUGGAGCACAUGAUUCAGGUUUGCUGGGAUGCCACUCCUCGCUCCUUCUCUCAUCUGUGCCACUUCGGCUAGGGCUGCCCAAGCACUUCUUUACCAGCGGGCUCUGGCCCAUCUCUUCCUCCGUUUCUUCCAUAACUUCCUCCAUCUUCUCCACUUCAUCCUGUCCAUCCAUUAACCAUUACCAGCUUAAGGACCCUACUCUUAGUGUGGAAUCCUGCAGACUGGUGGCUACUGAACUUCAGAGCAGUUUCAAAAGGGCCUCCCAUCUCUACAGAAUGCUAAGCAGUUCCAACACCUCCAGUCACGAACAGCAGGAGAUGGCUCAGGUGCUGACUGAGGCGUUUGAGAUGGUGCGGACUGAGCUGAACUCGCUGCCCUGCAGCUCCAACAGUGGCUCCCUAUGCAUGCUGGGAAACAGGGCAAUGGACAUGGGGGAGGACAGGACGCUGGCUCUGUUGGAGCAGUAUUCUCAGCUCCUCCUCAGGGCUGUGGAAAAGAGGAUGGACAGUAAAGUCUGACUUGCCCUUCUUACUUUUCCUUUCAAUCGGAACACUGAGGCGGAGACCGGAUCCCAGGCCAUGAUACUGCACAGUAACAGGCUAUUUUAACAUGCUUUUUUUUUAAGAAACGGCUUAAAAUGAAAUUCCACAGGUGUGGCCGAUAAGAACUGUUUACUUAGUGUAUAUAUAU